CAAACCAAUAUCAAAUAAUAAUCGCCUGUUUUGUCUCCGACGUUUAAAAGCUCUCGUUUUUUUACGCUUCAUAAUGUCCAACGAGGGUUAUUUGCCAUUGGAAUCUGGUUUUGCCACCUUGGCAAUUCACGCGCACCAGUCUCCUGACCAGUGGAAUUCAGGUGCCGUGAUCACACCAAUUGUCACCGCAUCCACCUACAAGCUCCAAAGCGCUGACUAUAGUACGGGAUUUCAGUACGGCCGCUGGGGAAACCCAACCCGUAAUAAUCUUGAGGGUUGCCUUGCUGCCCUGGACAAGGGAAAACAUGCCCUCGUUUUUGCGACUGGCUGUGCCGCAACGUGGUCGGCGCUGACUAUUUUGAAGUCGGGAGAUCACAUUUUGUGCGCUGCUGAUAUUUACGGGGGAACUCACCAUCUAGUGGAUAUGGUGGCACAAGAAAAAGGUGUCGAUUUGGAAUUUUUUGAUGUCAACAAUCUGUCCAGUUUUGAAAAAAUGUUCAAGCCAACAACUAAGAUGGUGUGGAUUGAGUCGCCCACAAACCCCUUGUGCAAAGUUGUGGAUGUGCGGAAGGUGGCAGCAAUAAGCCAUAAGCAGCCCGGAGUACUAGUUGUCAUGGACAAUACUUUCCUGACCUCCUACUUCUCGAAACCAUUAGCCUUGGGGAUAGACAUUGUCAUGUACUCCAUGACCAAGUAUAUGAAUGGACACAGUGACGUUAUUAUGGGAGCCUUAGUCUUAAAUGACGAUGAUGUUCACGCUAGGCUGAGAGACAUUCAGCAGCAUGGUGGGGCUGUUCCUGGGCCCUUUGAUUGUUAUUUAGCUUUGAGAGGCCUAAAGACAUUGGCUUUGCGAAUGAAGCAGCACAUGAAAAAUGGCAUUGAGGUGGCCCAGUACUUGAAGAAACAUUCCCUAGUUGAGGAAGUACUGCACCCUGGUUUUCCUGAUCACCCUGGUCAUGAAGUGCUAAAAAAGCAAUGUUCUGGAUAUUGUGGAAUGCUAGCUUUCAAAAUUAAAGGCGCCGGAAUGCAAGAGGUGUCAAAAUUUUUGAAGGCUCUAAAAAUGAUUGUGUAUGCUGGUAGUCUUGGAGGUUGUGAUAGUCUGGCAGAAUCCCCUGCCCUGCUCUCUCACAAAUAUCUCUCUAAAGAAGAAAGGUUGGAGAUUGGUAUCACAGAUAAUUUGAUUCGUCUCUCUGUUGGCAUUGAAGAGGCAGAGGAUAUCACUAAAGAUAUUGAUCAAGCGCUCAAAGCUGCAUUUGUGUGAUUUAAGUACUGUAAAUAAAUUAAAAAUAAAUAUUUUUGCUCCUUCAAAA